GCGACUCCAACAAUCACAGGGAUAUUCUCAGGAGACGACAUGCCAAUCUGACGGGCACCGUCCCACCGCACGUCAACACCCAUUUGCCACAGCCGCACUCCAUUCCGUCCAAUCUGGAACUCGGGUAUAGUCGCCAUUGAAGAUAAAUUAAGAAAGACGCAGCCGCGUUGGUUUAGACACAAGUACAUGUCCCGGUACAUGUACUGAAAUGACAAAAAGAGAAGUUGUUGUAGACCGAAAUGGCUUGGAUUGAAGGGAAUAUGUGGAAUACAAUAAAAAAUGGAGGGAAGCUUAGUGCUCUCUUGUCAAAUUCAAGGAUAUCAAGGAAGUUUUCUAGCACAUUAUUUUCAUCGUACAAGGUAAGGGACAACCGCUUCAGGAUAUGGAUGUGGUGCAUGUCGCUUGUGAAAGGGUGCUCAAACAUGCUUCAAUUCAAAGUCAUUCAUGCCAUUUUCAUGACAAAUGGUCUCCACCACAACACGUACGCCGUCAGCAAACUAUUAGAGUUCUGCGCACUCUCUGAUUCUGGCGACCUCUCAUAUGCCUCUCAACUCUUCUCCCAAACUCGAACACCCAAUAUCUUCAUCUACAACACACUCAUUAAGGCAUACUCUAGCAGCAGCCAACCACAUUUUGCUCUGCACUAUUUCGGUUUGUUGCUACAUGACAAUGAAGCUCUCUUACCUGAUGAUUAUACCUUCCCUUUCGUACUCAUCGCUUGCACGAAUGGCCUUAUGGUGCCUGAAGGCAAAAAAACACACUGCUUGGUAGUCAAGAACUCCAUGUCCUACUCUAAUUCUCAUGUGCAGACUGCGUUGAUCAGGUUCUAUGUAGGGUGCAAGGCAUUGGAUGAUGCACAUAAAGUGUUUGAAGAAAUUCCUCUCAUAGAUGUUGUUCAAGCUAAUGUCCUUAUGAAUGGGUAUGUGCGGAACGGAUUGGCUUCAAAGGCACUGAGUGUAUUACAAAGCAUGUCUGUGUGUGAAGUUGAGCCUGAUGAGUUUUGUAUGACUUCGGGACUCACUGCAUGUGCUCAUUUAGGUGCUCUUGAGCAAGGGAAAUGGAUCCAUGGGUAUAUCAAGAACAAGAAAGAGUUGCAGUCUGAUGUGUUUCUUGGAACUGCACUUGUAGAUAUGUAUGCCAAGUGCGGGUGCAUUGACACAGCUGUGGAGGUUUUUGAGGCCAUGCCUAAAAGGUCUAAGCAUUCAUGGGCAACAUUGAUUCGAGGGCUUGGGGUGCAUGGCUUUCCAAAGAGAGCAAUUGAUUGCCUAAAUAGAAUGCAGGAGGAAGAUGGGCUUAGGCCUGAUACCAUUGUCCUUCUUGGAGUCUUAGCAGCUUGUACACAUUCAGGGCUUCAAAAAGAAGGCCAACUUUUGUUAGCUAACAUGGAACCCCUAUAUGGUGUUAUUCCUCAACAUGAACAUUUCAGUUGCGUGGUAGACUUGCUUUGUAGGGCAGGCAAACUAGAUGAGGCUGUUAACCUUAUCAGGACGAUGCCUAUGAAGCCGCGUGCCUCUGUAUGGGGAGCACUGCUGAGUGGUUGUCGGGCUCAUAAUAAUGUUACUCUUGCGGAGCUUGCUGUAAAGGAGCUACUGUUGUUGGAAGAUGGGAAUGAAGCUGAAGAAGGCAGUGCUUAUGUUCAGUUAUCCAACAUAUAUCUUGCCGCACGCCAGACUGAUGAUGCACGUAAGAUCAGAAGAAUUAUUGGUGAUAAGGGUCUCAAGAAAACACCAGGAAUCAGUGCAAUUGAGGUUGAUGGGGAAGUUAAUGAAUUUGUUUCAGGAGACGUGUCACAUCCACAUUUAGCUCAGAUUCAUUUGGUGCUUGGUUUGAUGUCUUUGGAACAUCCACCCUUAGUUGUUAAUGACACAGUUUAAAGUUUCAUGAGACAUCAGCCAUUACUUGGAGAGAAGCUAGGAAAAAGAUGAGAACCAGAGCCAAUGAAUGGCCAUCCUCUCAAAACUGAACUCUUUGACAGCUAAGGAGGAUGCCUUUGCUUCCCCGAUUUUUAAAGUGACUAAAAGCCAAAAUACGGACUACUCUUUUGAUGAUCAACUGAACUCCAAUUCCGGUCACUGACCAUUGCCAUACCUACUCCUCGCUGCAUCAAUUUAUCUAUUCCUCGCUGCAUCGUCAUCGUCGUAUCUGCAAUCUGCACUAUCAGCUUCUUCUUCAUCAAACAAAAUGGUCAACAACUCCCAAGAAAGUAUCACAGGACAAAGUUUGACGACUACCAAUAGUCAUUAUAUUGGUCAAUCCGUGAGCAUCGAAGCACAGAAGAAUAGAAAAGAUAUUAUAUCCAACUCGCUAAGUUCACAAUAAUGCCGCAAUAUCAUUUGUAUGUCUCCACAAUCAUUCAUGAGAUUAUUUGACUUGCUAACAACACAUGGAGGGUUGGUUCUGACAAUACGAGCAAGUGUCGAGGUAAUGGUUGCUAAAACACUGUGUAUGUUGGGGCAUGAUCAAACUGAUAGAGAUUUGUCAUUAACAUGGAAAUGCUCAACAGAGACUAUUUGUCAAAACAAUAGUCAUCUUAAAUGUCAACGACAAACUGAUAAAACAACUUGAUGCUUCUACUGUUCGGACCAGAAUUAGUACCAAUUGCAGAUUUUCCCUUUCUUUGAGAAGUGUCGGUGCAGUUGAUGGUACUCAUUUGCAUGUCAAAGGCCCGCAAAAUUAUGCACCGCAAUGGAGAUGUAGAAAAGACUACACAUUUCAAAAUGUUUUGGCGGCGGGGUAGGAGGGAACCAGUUCUGAUACCAGACUAAUUAAACAGGCAUUAACAAACUAGUACCCAAUCCUACCCAUUACAAAUUCCAGAAGAGAUAUAACACACUCUUAUCUUAACUUGGGGUUUGAAUCUAGAAUUCAAUCAAGAUAUGACACACUU